AUGGCAAGCCCGCUGAAGCGCAAGGCCGGAAAACUGAAGGCUUCAUCACCGAAAGCCAAGAGGUCGAAGAUUGAAAUCCCAGAAUAUCAUCUGACGCCGUCCAGACGGGACGAGGCGGGUGAGAUAAUAUGGCCCGCACCGAAAGAGCAGAUCGAGCGAGCGAGGGACAUCAUCAAGGAAUGCGCUCGAGCCAACAAACCGACUCUUAUCCUACCCGACAAGGACGCAGACGGCUUGUCCUCAGGCGCUAUACUCCAUCACACGCUUACUUCCCGUGGACUACCAUCUUCUUUGAUCUCAGUUUAUUUCCCGCCGAAAGGAACGACCGUACACGACCAGGUCACGCGAGAUGCGAUAUCCGCGAAAUCGCCGUCCUUUAUCUUCGUCCUAGACCAAGGCAGCAGGAAAAGCGGUCCUCUUUACGACAUACCUCACACCUGCCUGGUCAUCGACCAUCACUUUGCGGAGGAGGGCGGCUUUCCUGAAGGCGCAGAAUAUGUAACUGCGCACGACUGCCCGCCAGUAGCGACGAGUUCGCUGUUAACUUACCACAUCUGUUUGCCUCUGCACCCGGAUCUUGACGAGAAGAUAUCUUGGCUCGCCGCUCUCGGAACGCACGGCGAUCUAGGAAGCACCAUAAAAUGGCAGCCCCCCUUCCCCGACAUGACAGCAACAUUCAAGCAGCACCCCAAGAAGUCCAUCAACGACGCCGUCGGGCUAGUCAACUCGCCCCGUCGCUCAGCAGCCUACAACGUGCAAGAUGCCUGGGAUGCAGUCCUCUCGGCAUCUAGUCCGGAGCCCUUGCUGAAGAACAAGAAACUCUACGACGCGAACUGGGAAGUCCGACAAGAAACCGAGCGCUGCACGCACACGCCUCCAAAGUUCUCCUGCGACGCCACAAUCGCCGUCCUCACCAUCUCUUCCGCCGCGCAGGUCCACCCCGUCAUCGCCACGCGCUGGUCCGGCCACCUCAAGUCCGACAAGCUGGAAGUCGUCAUGUGCGCGAACGAAGGCUACUUACCCGGCAUGGUCAACUUCUCGUGUAGAAUCGCGAAGAAUGCGAGGGCAAGGGAGGGCGAUGCGAAGGUCGAUAUUAUCAAGAAGCUAGAAGGUAUCGUGGCAGACGAUAAGGAGCUGAGGGGGAGAUUGGGCGAGAGCUUCGCGAGGGGGCAUAAGGAGGCUAGCGGGGGGAUCGUGAAGAAGGAGGUCUGGGAGGAGUUCAAGAAAGCAAUGGGUGUGGGUGAGAAUACGAGGAAGAAGGCUGAGGGGAGCCCGAAGAAGGAGAAGAAGCCGGUGCAGAAGAAUACUCUGGCGAAUUACUUUGUGAAGGCAUCGUGA